AUGUUGAAACAGUCGACGACCGAACGCACGAUGCUGAAGAUCUUGAUGCCUUGGUUUUUUUCUCCAAAGGUACUGAACGUCCUUCUCUACGGUCUGGCGGUCGCCGCGUCGGAACCGGAAACGACGACUCCGGUCGCGGACGACCAGAAGCAGCGAAAAAGAGGAAUCCUCCAGGAUGGGUGGGUGGGAAUACCGAGCCCGACUUACGGAAACGGUCAUCCGUGGGCCGGUCAGCAAUCUCCUUGGAAGCCCAUCAAAGUCAUCCACCCCAUAUCGAUCCAGAGUCACAAAAUCGGAGGGUGGUCCGGAAACGAACUCGAAAUUUACAAGCCUCAGAUAUCGCUGGAACACGGUCUCCAUCAUCACAAGCAAAUCGUAAAAACGGUCCCGGUUUACAUAACUAAACACGUUGUGGUUGAAAAGCAAGUUCCGAUACCCCAGCCGGUCUUGGUAAAGGAAAAGGUUCCGGUUUACGUGGACAAGCCUUACAGAGUGCACGUAGAAGUUCCGGUUCCGGUGGAGAAAAUUAUUCACAAACCGAUUCCGGUAGCCGUUCCGGUACCGCAGGUCCUUCCGAUCCCGGUACCUUUUCCCGUCCAUCCCCAUUUCCAUCAUCACCCUCACCACGACUUCCACGGGGACUUUUAUCCCCCAUCGCCCUUCGGGUAUCCGGAUCACGGUUUCGGAUUCGGUCACGGACACGGAUUUGGCCAUGGCCACGGAUUCGGUCACGACCACCACCACCAUCACGAUCACUACGGUCAUCAUCACGGCCCACAAAAUUACGGACGAUCAAACUCCGAUCAGAAACACAAAAGUAGCAACGAUUGAAUUGAAAUAUAACUUUACUGUAAUUGAAUUACCAACAAUCUAUGUGAAUUGUUUUCAGAGCACUUCGCCUCGCGUUAUGUAUUAAUU